AGAUGGAUGCUGGCUCCGUUUGUUCCAGUGGCGGGUUCAGGCAGAGUGCAGAGGUGGAGAACCUGAUGAUGUCAGUGGAGAGAGCGGUGGAGUACACUGAACUGGAGAGCGAAGCACACUGGGAAACCCAGAAGCCUCUGUUCCGCCUGGCUGAACCUCAGGGGAAGAUCUACAUCGACGGGGUUCUGACCUCUGAGAUCGGCCUCCACGACCCGCGCCAGAAGAUGUCCAUCAUUCCUCAGGACCCAGUGCUGUUUACAGGCUCCAUGAGGAAGAACUUGGACCCUUUCAGCCAGCACGCUGAUGAGGACCUGUGGAAGGCUCUGGAGGAGGUGCAGCUGAAGUUCGCGGUGGAGGAGCUGCCCGGGAAGUUGGAGACGGUUCUGGCCGAGUCGGGCUCCAACUUCAGCGUGGGCCAGAGGCAGCUGGUGUGUCUGGCCAGAGCCGUCCUGAGGAAGAACCGCAUCCUGGUCAUCGACGAGGCCACGGCCAACGCGGACCCCAGGACAGAUGAGCUGAUCCAGAAAACCAUCCGGGACAAGUUCAGAGAAUGCACCGUGCUCACUAUAGCUCAUCGUCUCAACACCAUCAUAGACAGCGACCGGAUACUGGUGCUAGAUGCAGGGCAAAUUCAUGCCUAUGAUGCGCCUUACACCCUGCUUCAAGACCAAGAGGGCAUCUUUUAUAAGAUGGUGCAGCAGACUGGCAAACAGGAGGCAGCGGCUCUACUAGAGGCAGCUAAACAGGCGUACGACAGCAGAAGCCAUCUCAUAUCAAACGGACAUGCAGAAACAGCAGACGGUAGCUUGGUUAUCUUUGAGACCGCUCUGUGAGCCUCAGGGACUCGCUGCUUCGCCAGAAGACUUCACAAAUUGCCUGGGCCCCCCCUCCAGCCUCUGAGGUAGCACACAAGGCCUGAAGGUAAAAGGCCUCAUCCACUCCGGCUGGUGAGGAGACGGGAUCUGACGAGGCUGCGGCCUCACCGCGGCCUUGAAACCGGCUGAGCCAAAUAUACGCACUUUACUUUACUUUAAGUAGCGUGGAAAUCACUGCUGUAAACAAAAUCUAAAUAGAGCACUAUUUAUUUUCUAUGCUUAAUAUUUAUCGUAUGUUAACAAAAUUGCCUCAGAGAAAUUGCUCUUACAUGGCCACAUAGUCCUUAUAAAACUCUAAGUGCCUUAUUAUUUCAAGAGUGCAGCAGUUUGUACACGUUAAUCUAAAGAAUGAUAUCUAUCCAAAGUUGCCUUGUGUUUGUAUAAAAAAAAAUACUGAUUACCAAAUGUAACAAAUUUCACAGCAACAUACAUUUCUGCAAAAAAUCUGUUUUGUACGUUGACGUCUUGAAAUUUGACUGCAGAUUACACUUUAUUUUUUACCAGUUUCAAAUGCGUCAUGACUAUCUGACAUGUUAUAACUGCCAAUUUUUACAUUUUAUUAUGUUAAAUGCUGCAUAAACACCUACAGAUCUUACUUUAGUGAUGUCUUUCAGAUCAACCUACACACUCGUUUAGUAUAUUUACA